UUUGACUCGUUUCAUAACAUUACCCAAAGAUUUUGAAGAUCGAGAGGUUAGGGUCUGCGAAAACAGAAAUCGAAAGAAACCUAGGGUUAGGAUUUCCGGGAGAGAAGGAUGCCAAAGAACAAGGGAAAGGGAGGUAAGAACAGGAAGAGAGGAAAGAACGAGGCCGACGAUGAGAAGCGGGAGCUUGUCUUCAAGGAAGACGGCCAGGAGUACGCUCAGGUGCUCCGUAUGCUCGGCAACGGCCGCUGUGAGGCCAUGUGCAUCGAUGGCACCAAGCGCCUCUGCCACAUCCGCGGCAAGAUGCACAAGAAGGUCUGGAUCGCUGCCGGCGACAUCAUCCUAGUCGGUCUUCGUGAUUACCAGGACGACAAGGCCGACGUCAUCCUCAAGUACAUGCCCGACGAGGCUCGUCUUCUGAAGGCGUAUGGUGAGCUUCCGGAGAAUACCAGGCUCAACGAGGGUAUCGCCGGCGGUCUCGACGAGGAGGACGAAGGCGCGGGUGACGAUUACAUCGAGUUCGAGGACGAGGACAUCGACAAAAUCUAGAUGCCGAUCUAGGGUUUUUUAUUCGCUCACUCUCGCCGUAUAUCGGCGAGGGUUUUUUUUCUCUUUUCUUUUUUCACUUUUUGGAUACCUGAUGGACGGAAUAUUGCGGUCUUGAGGAUUGCUUGUAAUACUGAAUGUUAGGGUUACGGUGUGGGUAAUUUCGGCUUUAUAUAUUAAUAUGGUGACUUCUAUGGAAUAAUAGUGAACUUCCUUUAAAAUUAACCUCU